CACACUUGCGUACGUCUUCAUGUGUGAAAUACACGCGUUCUAACCUAAAAAUUCAGAAGUGAUUAUUUUAAAAGUGAAAAUUACAACUACAUCGACCAAGAGGUUGCCUAGAUUAUAAUUUGAAUGUGUGUGGUUUGCCUGGAGGAUUGCUUAUAGUGUUCUGUGUCCUGGAUAACUAUGGAUGAGCAAAGAGGGCUGUCUGAUGGUGAUUGUAGUAAUGAUAGUGAGGACUUAGGAAAGCAACUCGAGGCUAUUCCGACGGAUGAAAUUACGAGUGGCGGACUGUCCGAUAGUGUGGAUAUGGAGGUUGAGUGUCUCUCUCAGACUCGGCUGACGGAAAAGCGACCUCGACCGCCGAGUGAUGAAGCUGAUGAUGAGGGAUUCUCGACCGUCCAACGUAAACGCAAUACAAAACGGGUUGCUCGAACGUUGUCCAAGGAUAAUUUUGUUGAGGGAAAUGAGAUCCAAUCCUCAGAGAAAAACGUUGUAGUUGUCCUAACGGCUAAAACUAUAUUGCCGAAGCAAGUAGGUAUGGCGAAAUUCCUAUCCUCUUUAGGUGUUAAAAAUAUUUUGAAAAUUAAGUCGAUGGGUGUGAAUAAAGCUUUCAUAACAUUUGCAAGCCGGACAGAUGCUGAGAAAUUGAUUGGUUGCGAGGAGCUGGUUCGACUAGAGUACAGAUGCCAUAUUGACGAUAUUCUCUAUACUUAUGGUAUUGUGAGGGAAAUAGACGUAGACAUGGAUGAGAAGGAAAUUCUUAACUCUUUCUCGUGUGACUCCCUAGAAAUAGCCUCUGUCCGGAGGUUAAAUCGUCUGAACGAUCUUGGUGAAUGGGUUGUCAGCGAAUCUGUUCGCUUUGCAUUCAAGAGCUCCUCCCUGCCGCCGUAUGUCCAAGCAUACGGGGUUCCGUUCAAGGUGGAGUCAUACACGUUCCCAGUAACUCAAUGCUCGGGUUGCUGGAGUUUUGGACAUACAUUAAAAUUUUGCCCGACUAAGAAAAUCAGAUGUCCAAAGUGCGGUGAUAACCACCAAAACUGUGAUAUCGCUAACUAUACAUGUGUUAACUGCAAGGGUCCUCAUAUGGCCCUCGAUAAAUGCUGUCCUAUUUUCCUGAAAGAAAAGAAAAUCCGCAUUAUUAUGAGUCAAGAAAAUGUGACCUAUAAGAAAGCCUUGAACUCUUUUAUUCAAUCAAACAAGCCGAUGACAGUGACAAAAUAUGUGAACGAUUGUGUUGCGGAUCUUCAACAGCAGAACCCGACUUCAGACAUGCCUGAAGUACCGGUACCUCAAAGUCAAACUAGGACUUACAGAGAUGCCGUAUUGGCCAAAGUACCUCGAGAAUCAAAUGAGGAUUCCUCUCAGCAGAAGACACGUCCAAAGCGACCUACUCAAGACAAUUCUCAUAAGAAUGCAGGACUUAAGGAACCCAAAGAAAAGAAAAAGCAAAGAGAAGUGGACCAAAGUUCUGAGAGUUCUUCGGAAGUGGAAGAUAAAGUGGGUGGUGAAGAGAAACAGAGGUUCUUGAAUGAAGAAAGAUACUCCUGGAUUUGCCUGAUGUUGAAAAAAAUUAAAGACUUAUUGCUAUCCAAAUCAUCGCUACAGGAGAAAAUCAUUGGUGUCUUCAUGGUAGUUGUGGAGAAGUUUUCUAAAUUUAUAACAAGUAUUUUUGCUAAAGGUGAGGUGACUGAUUUUUUCUUAUCUUUAUUCCGUAAUGGCUAAAGCUCCUAUAUCCUGUGCUAUUAAUAUCAUACAGUGGAACUCUCAAAGUCUCAGACCUAAAAUUGUAGAACUAGAAGAUCUGUUGUCUAGAGAUAAAAUACAUGUCUGUAUAAUUAGCGAGACUUGGUUGGAACCGGAGAGUAGUUUAAAUGUUAAUAGCUACAAUGUAUUCAGGCAAGAUAGGUGUGACUCAUUUGGUGGCGUAGCAGUUUUAACCCAUAAGUCCUUGCAAGCAUAUACAAUUCCUGUAAAUAUUAGUAAUAGUGGUAUUGAGAUAAUUCAAAUAAGAAUAACCAACUGUAAUACUUUAGAAAAUAUUUUUUCAGUAUAUUGUCCAUCUAGUGUCCAUGUUAGUCCUACUGAAUGGGAUGAGGUAUUUUCUUUGGCUUCAUCUAAGUCAAUAAUUUCUGGGGAUUUUAACGGACACCAUCCAUGUUGGUGGAAUAGUGGUAAUUCUAGGGGAACCAUGUUGUUUGAUAGUUCUCUUGAACAUGGUUACAUUUCCAUGAAUAAUGGUAGCCCGACUCGUGUUAAGUUGGUGAAUGGGUGUUUACAACAGUCUGCCCCAGAUAUUACUUUUUGUACUAAUGAUAUUUCUAUUAAUUUAGAUUGGAUGGUAACUAACGAAAAUCUAGGCAGUGAUCAUUUAAUUAUCAAGUACUCCCUACGUUAUCAGGAUAGCUUAAACUUUAUAAGUAAAAGAAAUUUUGCUGAGGCUAAAUGGCAGGAUUAUGCAAAAUUGUUAAACGAUGUCUUUUCUGAUCAGCUGAAUCAUGAAAGUACCCAGCACAGUUAUGAUUAUUUCCUAGAAAAAGUCAAUUUGGCUGCGGACAAGUUUAUACCAAUUAGAAAAAUUUGUACCAACCCUAAUAGUAAAUUCACCCCCAAGCAAUACUGGAGUCAAACCUUAUCAAGAGUAGUUGCUGAACGUCGGCUGGCUUUAAAGAGGCUUAGACGUAACCCCACGCCGGAAAACCUUAUCUUGCUUAAGGAUAAAAUCAGAGAAGCUCAACGCAAGAUAAGACGCGCUAAAUCGGAUAGUUGGCACUCAUUUUGCAA